AUGUAUCAACAAUGCAGAAUGCUCGUACCUGUUUUACAUGCUUGUCGUCGAGCUCCUCCUGUUCGCGUACAAUCAGCAAGAAAUUUAUGGGAAGUUAUGAGACCAUUAGAUGUUAGAAGCGUUUUUCGCGACAUGGAGAGGCAAAUGGAAAAUUUUGAACGUAGCUUUUUCCGAAACAAUCCGUUACGCAUAAUCACACCCAGAGCUAUGCCCAUAGAAGGCAAAGUUGAUAGUAAUAAUUCUAAUUAUCGUGUAAACAUCGACGUCCAAGGUUUCAAACCUGAAGAUAUUAAAAUUUCACUUAAGGAAGGAUUGUUAAAGAUUGAAGCUCACAUGGAUAAAACAGCCGAAGAUGGUAGCCGGUUUCAACAAUCAAUAGUUCGUGAAUUUACAUUGCCAUCAAAUGUUGAACAAUCCACAGUUAAAUCACUUCUUCACGAAGAUGGUAUUUUAAGUAUUGAAGCAUCACUUAAUAAACUUGAUGAACCUAAAGAUAUACCUGUUCAACACAUCGAAAGUGAGAAACCCAAGAUUGAUGUCGUUUUGCCUCAUUUACUUAAAAGCGACAUAAAUGAUGAAAUAUCAAAAGUUUUUUCAAUUAUUAUUAAAUUUUUGUUUUUAAUUUUAUGUUAA